GAGCAUGUGCGUGCGCGUCAUUUUCAGAAUGGUGAGGGCGUGGAGCUUUAGUAUGAAGUUUAGCUUGAGAGUAGGAAAAGGGGGUGGGAGUGAUUGUAUUCUUUGGGGAUAAAGUUCGAAUGAGCAGGUGUUUGGAGGGUAUGAAUGCGAAUUUAAUGAUGAGAAGACUCAGCCCGGUCAUACAUGUUUCUGGUUGGAGUGAUAUGAUGACCGUGGUCCUCCACCCCCAGACCCACGGUGCCCUAUUCUCCCUUUCGCACAAACCUUUAGCAUCGCCAUCCUCAUCCUAUCCUCAUCCCCAUCCUCAUACUCAUCCUCAUCCUUAUACCGCACACCGCAAUACACCACCACACAACAUUACAGACAACCACCAAAGCAUAUCACCAUGGCCGCCAGUCCCAUCCACCUCCACGACUCGCCUUUCCCUCUUCCAUCCUAUAAUCUCAAGCCACCCAGCCUCGAGCGAGUCGAUCCCCCUUACGUUUCUGAACAACCCGCCCCCAACCUCCCACCAUCCUACUCCUCCCCCAACUCCCAGCAACAGAACAACGACCGCGGCCUCGACCCCGACCUCGAGAGGAGCGACCCCGAACGCGAGCGCGCCGACGUCUCGGCCACCGAACCUAGAGAGACUGACAACGGUGCGAAAGAUCUAUUUGUCUGCUGCAGCGAAGAUAAAUGCUGUACCUGCCGCAGUCCCGAGUGCGUUCCCGGCAUCUGGACGAAGACACUGGUAACGGUGGUGGUUUUGACGGGGUGUAUCUGGGUUUUGAAGAGGUUUUGAGGGGAGGGGUUGAGAAGGGAGCGGGAGAGGGAGAAGGAGAGAAGGGUGUGUGGCGGACAUAUUCUGUACAUCUUCUGGCAUACCUAAUCUCCAAAUUGAACUUACAU